CUGCAGGGAUAUCACGGGAGCCUGCUUGCCAGGGCUCAGCCACCGCCUCCAGGAAUCCCACACCAGAUCGGGGUCUAGGCAGUACCGGGACAUCGUCUGGCAUGGCAGUGCCGGGCAGCUGAAGGCCUCUGACCCACAGGCUGGGAAGUUGGAACCGACAGUACCAAAGGAUUGGCAAGUGACAAGAAGGGAAUUCCUGGGGCGGUUCCUGCCUGGACCAAAGUCCCAGAAAGAUGGAGAAGGAGGAAGAAGACACCCGGGAGAUUUUGCUCCCCGAUUGGCAAGGAAGCGGCUCUCGUGGCCUCAACAUCGAGCAGACAGACGAGGGUGUGUUUGUGAAACGGGUGACGGAGGAUUCACCGGCUGCCAAAGGGGGAGUCGUGAAGGAAGGGGAUCAGAUAGUGAGUGCCACAAUCUACUUUGACAACAUGCAGUCCGGGGAAGUCACAGAGAUCCUGAAGAACGUGGGCCACCACACCGUGGGCCUUCGGCUGCAGAGGAAAGGAGACCGAUCACCAUUGCCGGGACAGUCUUGGACGCAUGACGUAUUUGCUCCCAGGAGUCCAGAGGUUGUUCUGAGCGGGGACGAUGAAGAGUACAAACGGAUUUACACGACAAAAAUCAAGCCACGCCUGAAAUCGGAAGAUGGUAUGGAAGUUGAGCACACGGGAACCCAAAGCAGAACCAUCACAGUUACCAAGAGAGUUACCGCCUAUACUGUCGACGUAACAGGACGUGAAGGUGCCAAAGACAUUGACAUCACCAGCCCGGAGUUCAAGAUCAAGAUUCCAAAACAUGAACUCACCCACAUUUCCAAAGCAGAGAUUGAAACAGAGCCUGGGAAAACUGUAAUCAAAAUCCCACAUGGGGAUCUGUCGAUGAGAACCACCCAAGUGACAGAUUUCCAUGCCGGGGUGACAGGAAGACCUUCCAACAUUACGUAUACUGGACAAACAACUGAAUCACGCUCCGGGAAGUUGGACAUCGGAGUUCCUGAGAUCCGCAUGGAUAAACCCACAGUGGGGACAACUGAUAUUCGCAUCUCUGGGCCUCAUGUCAUUGGGGUAGAUCUGAGAACCCAAACAGACUUGCAACCUUCAGAAGGCCCAGAAGCUGGUUUUCGUAUCACAGCGCCUGAAAUAAAUGGGAAAACUGCCGGUUCUGCCAUAGACCUGAAAGCAGGGGUUUCAGGAGGUAAACUACCACAGUUUGGUAUCUCAGGCCCCCAAGUGCAAGGUGAUAUGGGACAUUUACAAGCUGAUUUGUCAUCACCACACCUCAAGGGUCCCUCAGUCAAUGUUUUUGGGCCCCAAAUUCAAGGUGGACUCAAAGGUCCAUCAGUGAAGUUCCCUACGUCAAGCAUAGAAGGCAAUAUUAAAGCUCCUGAUCUCAGUGUUGCGGGCAAAGACAAAAUAACAUUUCCUGCAAUGAAAAUGCCAAAAUUUGGUGUGUCAUCUCCAACUUCUGACUUGGAGGUGCCUCAGCUUGAUGUGACAGCUCCAUCGGUGACUCUCAAAGGCCCAGAAGGUUCUCUUAGAGGGCCCACGUGUACGGUGGGAGGCCCUGGAAUCAAACAGCCACAGGUGGAUAUGGGUCUAAAAGGACCUGAGUUCAAGGGUGGAGUGAAAGUUUCUUCUCCAACUUUGACAGGCCCCAAGGUUGAUAUCAGAGGGCCCAAGGUGGAUCUCAGGGCUCCAGACACAGGAGUUGAAGUGGGCGGAGGAAACAUUAAAAUACCGCACAUGAAACUUCCUAAAUUUUCUGCAUCAGGCCCCGCUGUGGAUGUGACUGUUCCUAAAGGGGGAAUUGAUAUCUCAGGACCCAAAGUGGAUAUUCAGUCUCCAGAUGUGAGUAUUGAUGCACACGUGAAAGGACCCAACUUCGGCAAGCCUGAAAUAGGUGGUCAGAUACCCAGAAUCUCUAUGGCGGAUGUUGACCUGAACCUUAAGGGUGCAAAAAUGAAAGGAGCCAUGGAUAUUUCAGGGCCAAAAUUGGAAGGUGGCCUGAAAGGGCCUGGUGUGGACAUUAAGGGCCCCAAGCUAGAUGUUGAAGUUCCAGAUGUUAACCUUGAGGGUAGCGUAAAAGGUCCAAAAGUCUCUAUGCCGUCCUUGAAAACAUCACCAGUAAAAAUAACCGUGCCAGAUGUGGACUUAAAUUUGAAAGGGUCGAAACUAACAGGUGGUGUGGAUGUCUCUGUGCCGAAGGUAAAAGGUGACUUCAGGGGCCCCCAGGUUGAUAUCAAAGGCCCCCACCUGGACCUAGAUGCACCUGGCAUUGGCCUCAAGGGCCCUGGAGGAGAACUGAAAGGCCCUCACAUCAAAAGGCCAGAAAUGCAUGUCAAGACCCCUCAGAUAUCCAUCCCAGAUAUCGACCUGAACUUGAAAGGCCCCAAAAUUAAGGGCGAUGUGUCCAUUCCAAAGGUGGAAGGAGAACUGAAAGGCCCAAGUGUUGAUAUCAAGGGCCCCCACGUAGACCUUGGCAGACCAGAUGUCGAACUUCACGGGCCAGAACUAAAAAUGCCUAAAAUGAAACUGCCUAAAUUUGGUGUACCAGGCUUGAAAGGCGAAGCCCCUGCUGUCGAUGUCGCCCUUCCAAAGGGAAACAUUGGUGUUUCAGACCCUGGGGUAAAGAUAGAGGCUCCUAGCUUGGACAUCAAAGGCCCUGGAGGGCAGUUGAAAGGUCCCCACAUCAAGAUGCCAGAAAUGCACGUGAAAACCCCUCAAAUAUCCGUGCCAGACAUCGAUCUGAACUUGAAAGGCCCCAAGGUCAAAGGCGACGUUUCCAUUCCAAAGGUGGAAGGAGAACUGAAAGGCCCAGCAGUCGAUAUCAAAGGGCCCAAAGUGGAUGUCAGUGCACCAGAUGUUCAACUUCACGGACCAGAAUUCAAGAUGCCUAAACUAAAAAUGCCAAAAUUUGGCAUGCCAGGCUUCAGAGCCGAAGUCCCUGAUGUUGAUGUCAAUCUCCCAAAGGGUGACAUUGGAAUUUCGGGACCCAACGUGAGCCUUGAGGGUCCUGAAGGCAAAAUUAAAAGUCCUCAUGUCAAGAUGCCUGAACUAAAUAUCCAGGCGUCAGAGAUCUCAGUACCAAAUGUGGACUUGAAUUUGAAAGGGUCGAAACUAACAGGUGGUGUGGAUGUCUCUGUGCCGAAGGUAAAGGGUGACUUCAGGGGCCCCCAGGUUGAUAUCAAAGGCCCCCACCUGGACCUAGAUGCACCUGGCAUUGGCCUCAAGGGCCCUGGAGGAGAACUGAAAGGCCCUCACAUCAAAAGGCCAGAAAUGCAUGUCAAGACCCCUCAGAUAUCCAUCCCAGAUAUCGACCUGAACUUGAAAGGCCCCAAAAUUAAGGGCGAUGUGUCCAUUCCAAAGGUGGAAGGAGAACUGAAAGGCCCAAGUGUUGAUAUCAAGGGCCCCCACGUAGACCUUGGCAGACCAGAUGUCGAACUUCACGGGCCAGAACUAAAAAUGCCUAAAAUGAAACUGCCUAAAUUUGGUGUACCAGGCUUGAAAGGCGAAGCCCCUGCUGUCGAUGUCGCCCUUCCAAAGGGAAACAUUGGUGUUUCAGACCCUGGGGUAAAGAUAGAGGCUCCUAGCUUGGACAUCAAAGGCCCUGGAGGGCAGUUGAAAGGUCCCCACAUCAAGAUGCCAGAAAUGCACGUGAAAACCCCUCAAAUAUCCGUGCCAGACAUCGAUCUGAACUUGAAAGGCCCUAAGGGCAAAGGAGACGUUUCCAUUCCAAAGGUGGAAGGAGAACUGAAAGGCCCAGCAGUCGAUAUCAAAGGGCCCAAAGUGGAUGUCAGUGCACCAGAUGUUGAACUUCACGGACCAGAAUUCAAGAUGCCUAAACUAAAAAUGCCAAAAUUUGGCAUGCCAGGCUUCAGAGCCGAAGUCCCUGAUGUUGAUGUCAAUCUCCCAAAGGGUGACAUUGGAAUUUCGGGACCCAACGUGAGCCUUGAGGGUCCUGAAGGCAAAAUUAAAAGUCCUCAUGUCAAGAUGCCUGAACUAAAUAUCCAGGCGUCAGAGAUCUCAGUACCAAAUGUGGACUUGAAUUUGAAAGGGUCGAAACUAACAGGUGGUGUGGAUGUCUCUGUGCCGAAGGUAAAGGGUGACUUCAGGGGCCCCCAGGUUGAUAUCAAAGGCCCCCACCUGGACCUAGAUGCACCUGGCAUUGGCCUCAAGGGCCCUGGAGGAGAACUGAAAGGCCCUCACAUCAAAAGGCCAGAAAUGCAUGUCAAGACCCCUCAGAUAUCCAUCCCAGAUAUCGACCUGAACUUGAAAGGCCCCAAAAUUAAGGGCGAUGUGUCCAUUCCAAAGGUGGAAGGAGAACUGAAAGGCCCAAGUGUUGAUAUCAAGGGCCCCCACGUAGACCUUGGCAGACCAGAUGUCGAACUUCACGGGCCAGAACUAAAAAUGCCUAAAAUGAAACUGCCUAAAUUUGGUGUACCAGGCUUGAAAGGCGAAGCCCCUGCUGUCGAUGUCGCCCUUCCAAAGGGAAACAUUGGUGUUUCAGACCCUGGGGUAAAGAUAGAGGCUCCUAGCUUGGACAUCAAAGGCCCUGGAGGGCAGUUGAAAGGUCCCCACAUCAAGAUGCCAGAAAUGCACGUGAAAACCCCUCAAAUAUCCGUGCCAGACAUCGAUCUGAACUUGAAAGGCCCUAAGGUCAAAGGAGACGUUUCCAUUCCAAAGGUGGAAGGAGAACUGAAAGGCCCAGCAGUCGAUAUCAAAGGGCCCAAAGUGGAUGUCAGUGCACCAGAUGUUGAACUUCACGGACCAGAAUUCAAGAUGCCUAAACUAAAAAUGCCAAAAUUUGGCAUGCCAGGCUUCAGAGCCGAAGUCCCUGAUGUUGAUGUCAAUCUCCCAAAGGGUGACAUUGGAAUUUCGGGACCCAAGGUAGAUAUCGAUGCUCCUAGCUUGGACAUUGGAGGGCCUGAAGGAAAAAUCAAAGGUCCCAAAUUCAAGAUGCCAGAAAUGAACAUUAAAACUCCUAAGAUCUCCAUGCCAGAUAUUGAUUUGAACAUGAAAGGGCCAAAAGUGAAAGGGGAUCUAGAUGUUUCUAUGCCAAAAGUAGAAGGUGAACUGAAAGGUCCUGGAGUGGAUAUCAAGGGCCCCAAAAUAGAUGUUGACAUGCCAGAUAUAGACCUUCAGGGUCCUGAAGGGAAGCUGAAAAUGCCCAAGUUGAAAAUGCCCAAAUUUGGCAUGCCAGGCUUCAAAGGGGAGGUUCCUGCUGUGGAUGUCAGUCUUCCAAAGGGCAAUAUUGAUGUUUCUGGUCCCAAAGUAGACAUUGAAGGCCCCAACUUGGACAUCGAAGGUCCAGAAGGGAAAAUUAAAGGUCCGAAAUUUAAGAUGCCAGAAAUGCAUAUCAAAGCUCCUAAAAUCUCUAUGCCAGACAUUGACCUGAAUUUAAAAGGCCCCAGGCUCAAAGGAGAUGUCGAUGUUUCUGUUCCAAAGGUGGAAGGUGACAUGAAAGGCCCUGAAAUAGACAUCAAAGGGCCCAAAAUGGAUAUCAGUGUCCCAGAUGUUGAUCUUCAUGGGCCUGAAGGGAAACUGAAAAUGCCCAAAUUCAAAAUGCCAAAAUUUGGAAUGCCAGGCUUCAAGGCAGAAGGCCCAGAAGUAGAUGUAAAUCUUCCAAAGGCAGAUGUUGAUAUUUCUGCACCCAAGCUAGACAUUGAAGCUCCUGGAUUAGACAUUGAAGGACCUGAAGGAAAAGCUAAAGGUCUCAAGUUUAAGAUGCCUGAACUAAAUAUACAUGCACCCAAGCUGUCUAUGCCUGAUGUAGAUCUGAAUCUAAAGGCCCCCAAAAUGAAGGGUGAAAUGGAUGUGACUGUUCCAGAGAUUGAGGGUGAACUGAAAGGACCCAACAUUGAUGUAAAAGGCCCAAAGGUUGAUGUAGGUCUCCCAGAUGUUGAUCUUGAAGGUCCAGAGGCCAAGCUGAAGAUGCCAAAAAUGAAACUACCAAAAUUUGGCAUGCCUGGGUGGAAAGGGGAAGGCCCUGAAGUUGAUGUAAGCCUUCCCAAAGGAGGCCUGGAAGUUUCAGGACCAAAGGUGGAAAUUGACGCUCCUGAUGUUGAGGUUGGAGGCCCUGAAGGAAAAAUAAAAGGUCCCAGAUUUAAAAUGCCCGAAAUGCAUUUCAAAACACCCAAAAUUUCCAUGCCAGAUAUUGACUUGAAUUUGAAAGGACCCAAGCUGAAGGGCGAUGUCGAUGUUUCUGUGCCAAAGCUGGAAGGAGAACUGAAGGGCCCUGCUCUCGACAUCAGGGGACCCACGGUUGACAUCAGUGGCCCAGAUGCUGAUCUGCAAGGCGGGGGGAAGCUGAAGAUGCCGAAACUGAAGAUGCCACAUUUUAGCAUGUCAGGCCCCAAGCUUGAAGGCCCUGAUGUAGAUCUGAGUUUGCCGAAAGGGGAAGUUGACAUUACAGCCCCCCAAAUAGAUGUGCAAGUUCCUGAAUUCGACAUCGAAGGCCCUGAAGGGAAGCUGAAAGGUUCUAGGUUUAAGAUGCCCAAACUAAACAUCAAAGGACCUAAAGUCUCCAUGCCAGAUGUAGACUUGAACCUCAAGGCACCAGGAAGAAGCGGAGGGAUGGAUGUAACUGUCCCAAAUAUUGAAGGCAAUUUAAAAGGACCCGAAAUUGACAUUAAGGCCCCCAAACUGGACAUUGAAGCACCUGAUGUUGAUUUACAGGGCCCUGAAGGAAAGCUGAAAGGGCCCAGAUUUAAGAUGCCAGAUAUGCACUUCAAGGCUCCCAAAGUCUCCAUGCCAGACAUUGAUUUAAAUCUGAAAGGGCCUAAAUUCAAGGGAGAUGCGGAAAUUUCAGCCCCCAAGUUGGAAGGUGAUUUCAAAGGUCCUGAAAUUGACAUCAAAGCCCCCAAACUCGACAUUGAUGCCCCAGAUGUUGAGCUACAUGGGCCUGAAGGAAAACUGAAGAUGCCUAAAUUAAAAAUGCCCAAAUUUGGAAUUCAUGGCUUCAAAGGGGAAGCACCAGAUGUGGAUGUAAGCCUUCCCAAAGCAGAUGUUGAUAUUUCUGGUCCCAAGGUUGACAUUGAAGGACCACAUCUGGAAUUUGAAGGACCAGAAGGAAAGCUGAAAGGUCCCAGAUUCAAGAUGCCUGAGAUGCAUUUUAAAGCCCCCAAACUCUCCAUGCCAGAUGUUGAUUUGAAUUUGAAAGGCCCUAAAUUUAAGGGAGAUUAUGAUGUUUCCAGUCCAAAGCUUGAAGGUGAAUUGAAGGGCCCAGGCAUUGACAUCACGGGACCUAAACUGGAUGCUGGAGUCCCUGAAGUAGACAUUGAAGGUCCUGAAGGGAAAUGGAAAGGUCCCAAGUUUAAGAUGCCUGAAAUGCAUAUCAAGGCUCCAAAAAUCUCCAUGCCUGAUGUCGACUUGAACCUGAAAGGCCCCAGACUCAAAGGCGAUCUAGAUGUUUCAGCACCCAAACUGGAAGGUGAUUUGAAGGGACCAGACAUUGACAUCAAGGGUCCUAAGUUGGAUAUUGAUGCCCCAGAUGUGGACCUCCAUGGGCCUGAAGGAAAACUGAAGAUGCCUAAAUUCAAAAUGCCCAAAUUUGGAAUGCCUAGUUUCAGAGCCGAAGGCCCAGAUGUGGAUGUAAGCCUUCCCAAAGCAGACCUUGAUGUUUCUAUUCCCAAAGUUGACAUUGAAGCACCAAGCUUGGACAUUGAAGGCCCAGAAGGAAAAGUGAAAGGGCCGAAGUUUAAGAUGCCCGAUAUGCAUUUUAAAGCCCCCAAACUGUCCAUGCCAGAUGUUGAUCUGAAUUUGAAAGGUCCCAAAUUGAAAGGAGACCUUGAUGUUUCUGCUCCAAAAUUGGAAGGUGACUUUAAAGGCCCAGAUGUUGAUAUCAAAGGUCCCAAACUGGACAUAGGUGCUCCCGAUGUUGAGAUUGGAGGCCCUGAAGGAAAGUGGACAAGUCCUAAAUUCAAGAUGCCAGAAAUGCACAUUAAAGCACCCAAAAUCUCCAUGCCAGAUUUUGAUUUGAACUUGAAAGGCCCUAAGGUGAAGGGAGAUGUGGAUGUGUCUGCGCCAAAGCUGGAAGGUGAUUUGAAAGGUCCUGAUGUUGAUAUCAAAGGGCCAAAAUUGGACAUUGAUGCGCCUGAUAUUAACAUUGAAGGUCCAGAGGGACAAUGGAAAAGUCCUAAAUUUAAGAUGCCAGAAAUGCACAUCAAGGCACCUAAAAUCUCCAUGCCAGAUGUUGAUUUUAGUUUAAGAGGCCCUAAGGUUAAAGGGGACAUGGAUGUGUCCGCACCAAAGCUGGAAGGUGAGCUGAAGGCCCCAGAAGUGGACAUCAAAGGGCCCAAGGUGGAUGUUGAUCUUCCUGAUGUUGAUCUAGAAGGACCUGAAGGGAAACUGAAAGGUCCCAAAUUUAAGAUGCCCGAUAUGCAUUUUAAAACUCCCAAAAUCUCCAUGCCAGAUUUUGACCUGGGCUUCAAGGGUCCUAAAGUGAAGGGGGAUGUGGAUGUUUCUGUACCAAAGUUGGAAGGGGAUCUGAAAGGACCAGAAGUUGAUAUCAAGGGUCCUAAAGUUGAUGUUGAUAUUCCUGAUGUUGAUAUUGAAGGACCAGAAGGAAAACUGAAAGGUCCCAAGUUUAAGAUGCCUGAAAUGCAUUUUAAUGUUCCUAAAAUCUCCAUGCCAGAUAUUGAUUUGAAUUGGAGAGGCCCUAAAGUUAAAGGGGAUGCUGAUAUUUCUGUACCUAAACUUGAGGGUGACUUGAAAGGCCCUCGUGUUGAUAUCAAGGGUCCUAAACUAGAUGUUGAUGUUCCUGAUGUUGAGAUUGAAGGCCCUGAAGGGAAGUGGAGAAGCCCCAAAUUUAAGAUGCCUGAAAUGCACAUCAAAGCACCUAAAAUGUCUAUGCCAGAUUUUGACUUGAACCUGAAGGGUCCCAAACUGAAGGGAGAUGCAGAUGUUUCUUUGCCAAAGUUAGAGGGAGAGCUGAAAGGACCAGACAUUGAUCUUACAGGUCCCAAGUUAGACAUUGAUGCUCCUGAUGUCACUUUAGAAGGUCCAGAGGGAAAGGUUAAAGGCCCAAAAUUCAAGAUGCCAGAGAUGCAUAUCAAAGCCCCCAAAAUUUCGAUGCCAGAUAUCAAAGCUCCCAAACUCUCAAUGCCAGAUGUUGAUUUGAAUUUGAAAGGUCCUAAACUGAAGGGAGAUGUUGACAUUUCAAUUCCAAAACUAGAAGGUGAUCUGAAAGGUCCAGAAGUGGAUGUCACAGGCCCCAAACUGGACAUCGAUGCUCCUGACAUUGAGAUUGAAGGCCCUGAAGGAAAGUGGAAAGGUCCUAAGUUUAAGAUGCCUGAAAUGCACUUCAGAACACCCAAAAUCUCCAUGCCAGAUUUUGAUCUGAAUCUGAAAGGUCCCAAAUUGAAGGGCGACAUGGAUGUUCCAAAGCUAGAAGGUGAUCUGAAAGGCCCAGAAGUUGAUAUUAAAGCUCCAAAGUUGGACAUAGAUGUUCCUAGCAUGGAUAUUGAGGGUCCAGAGGGAAAAGUGAAAGGUCCAAAAUUCAAGAUGCCUGAAAUGAAUAUUAGAGCACCCAAGAUCUCUAUGCCAGAUAUCGACCUGAAUUUGAAAGGACCCAAGUUGAAAGGAGAUGUGGACGUUUCACUGCCAAAGGCAGAAGGACCUGACAUUGACAUCAAAGGUCCCAAGUUGGACAUUGAUGCCCCAGAUUUAGAACUUCAUGGUCCAGAGGGCAAGCUCAAAAUGCCCAAAUUUAAAAUGCCGAAAUUUGGAAUGCCCAGCUUCAAAGGGGAAGGUCCUGAAGUGGAUGUCAGUCUCCCAAAGGGAGACAUUGAUAUAUCUGCUCCAAAGGUGGACAUAGAAGGCCCUGAAUUGGACAUCGAAGGUCCGGAAGGCAGAGUUAAAGGCUCCAAAUUUAAGAUGCCAGAAAUGCACAUCAAAGCUCCUAAAAUCUCCAUGCCAGAUUUUGAUCUCAAUUUAAAAGGUCCAAAGCUCAAGGGAGAUGUGGAUGUUUCUGUUCCCAAGCUGGAAGGAGACUUAAAAGGACCUGACAUUGACAUCAAAGGACCCAAGGUGGAUAUUGACGUACCAGAUGUUGACCUUCAGGGCCCCGAGGGCAGACUGAAAAUGCCAAAAUUCAAAAUGCCUAAAUUUGGAAUGCCUGGCUUCAAAGGGGAAGGCCCUGAAGUCGAUGUCAAUCUCCCCAAAGGAGACAUCAACAUAUCCGCUCCAAAGGUGGAUAUUGAGGGCCCUGAUUUGGAUAUUGAAGGUCCAGAGGGCAAAAUUAAAGGCCCCAAAUUUAAGAUGCCAGAUAUGCACAUCAAGGCCCCGAAAAUCUCUAUGCCAGAUGUUGACUUUAAUUUGAAGGGGCCAAAACUGAAAGGAGAUGUGGACGUUUCACUACCAAAGGUUGAAGGUGAACUGACAGGACCUGACAUUGACAUUAAAGGUCCCAAGCUCGACAUUGAAGCACCAGAUGUUGACUUACAUGGCCCAGAAGGCAAAUUGAAGAUGCCGAAAUUUAAAAUGCCUAAAUUCAGCAUGCCAGGCUUCAAAGGGGAAGGUCCUUCAGUGGACGUGAGUCUUCCAAAGGGAGAAUUAGAUGUAUCUGGCCCCAAACUAGACAUUGAGACACCUGACUUAGAAAUUGAAGGACCCGAAGGAAAGAUCAAAGGUCCCAAGUUUAAGAAACCUGAAAUGCACUUUAAUGUUCCAAAAAUCUCAAUGCCAGAUAUUGACUUGAAUUUGAAAGGUCCAAAAUUGAAGGGAGAGCUGGAAGGUGAUAUUAAAGGUCCUAAAAUCGAAGUGAAAGGGCCUGACAUUGACCUAGAGGCUCCAAAAGUUGAAAUUGAAGGAAAACCAAAGAAAUCAAGAUUCAAGCUUCCCAAGUUUAGCUUUUCUAGCUCUAAAGGUCAGACCCCAGAGGUUGAUGUAAAGCUUAAAAAACCGGAUGUUGAUAUAGCAGGUCCCAAAGUUGAUAUUCAAGCUCCAGACGUUGAUGUCCAUGGGAAAGCGAAAGGUUCUAAAUUUAAAAUGCCUUCCCUGAACAUUUCUUCACCUAAAGUUUCCAUGCCUGAUGUGGAACUAAAUUUAAAAGGGCCAAAAUUAAAAGGUGAUUUGGAUGUUUCUGUCCCAAGCUUGGAAGGGGAUCUGAAAGCUCCCGACCUUGACAUCAAAGGCCCCAAGUUGGAUGUCGAUGCACCAGAUGUUGAUCUCCAUGGACCAGAGGGCAAACUCAAAAUGCCCAAGUUUAGAAUGCCCAAAUUUGGUAUGUCUGGCUUCAAAGCAGAAGGUCCGGAGGUGGACGUAAAUCUUCCCAAAGCCGACAUUGAUGUUUCAGGUCCCAAGUUGGACAUUGAAACUCCUGACUUGGAUAUAGAAGGCCCUGAGGGGAAGAUCAGAGGCCCUAAAUUUAAAAUGCCUGAAAUGCAUUUCAAUGCCCCCAAGAUUUCAAUGCCAGACAUUGAUUUGAAUCUGAAGGGACCCAAGCUGAAGGGAGAUGUAGAUGUUUCAGCACCAAAGUUGGAAGGAGACUUGAAAGGCCUUGAUGUUGACAUCAAGGGCCCCAAACUGGAUGUUGACCUUCCUGAUGUUGACAUUGAAGGUCCAGAAGGAAAACUCAAAGGUCCCAAGUUUAAGAUGCCUGACAUGCAUUUUAAAGCACCUAAAAUCUCCAUGCCAGAUUUCGACUUGAACCUAAAAGGCCCCAAGCUGAAGGGAGAUGUUGAUGUCUCAGCGCCAAAGUUGGAAGGAGACUUGAAAGGUCCUGAAGUAGACAUCAAGGGCCCCAAAAUGACUGUUGAUGUUCCUGAUGUUGAUAUUGAAGGGCCGGAUGGAAAGCUGAAGGGACCCAAGUUUAAGAUGCCCGAUAUGCAUUUUAAAACCCCGAAGAUCUCCAUGCCAGAUUUUGACUUGAAUCUGAAAGGCCCCAAAGUGAAAGGAGAUGUGGAUGUGUCCGUGCCGAAGUUGGAAGGCGAUCUGAAAGGCCCUGAUGUUGAUAUCAGGGGACCGAAACUGGAUGUAGAGAUGCCCGAUGUUGACAUAGAAGGCCCAGAAGGAAAAUGGAAAGGUCCUAAAUUUAAGAUGCCAGAAAUGAACAUUAAAGCACCUAAAAUCUCCAUGCCUGAUGUGGAUUUCAACCUGAAAGGCCCCAAACUCAAAGGCGAUCUAGAUGUUUCAGCACCCAAACUGGAAGGCGAUUUGAAGGGACCAGACAUUGACAUCAGGGAUCCUAAGUUGGAUAUUGAUGCCCCUGAUGUGGACCUCCAUGGGCCUGAAGGAAAACUGAAGAUGCCUAAAUUCAAAAUGCCCAAAUUUGGAAUGCCUAGUUUCAGAGCUGAGGGCCCAGAUGUGGACGUAAGCCUUCCCAAAGCAGACCUUGAUGUUUCUGUUCCAAAAGUCGAUAUCGAAGCACCAUGUUUGGACAUUGAAGGCCCAGAAGGAAAAGUGAAAGGGCCGAAGUUUAAGAUGCCCGAUAUGCAUUUUAAAACCCCGAAGAUCUCCAUGCCAGAUUUUGACUUGAAUCUGAAAGGCCCCAAAGUGAAAGGAGAUGUGGAUGUGUCCGUGCCGAAGUUGGAAGGCGAUCUGAAAGGCCCUGAUGUUGAUAUCAGGGGACCGAAGCUGGAUGUAGAAAUGCCCGAUGUUGACAUAGAAGGCCCAGAAGGAAAAUGGAAAGGUCCUAAAUUUAAGAUGCCAGAAAUGAACAUUAAAGCACCUAAAAUCUCCAUGCCUGAUGUGGAUUUCAACCUGAAAGGCCCCAAACUCAAAGGCGAUCUAGAUGUUUCAGCACCAAAACUGGAAGGCGAUUUGAAGGGACCAGACAUUGACAUCAAGGGUCCUAAGUUGGAUAUUGAUGCCCCAGAUGUGGACCUCCAUGGGCCUGAAGGAAAACUGAAGAUGCCUAAAUUCAAAAUGCCCAAAUUUGGAAUGCCUAGUUUCAAAGCUGAGGGCCCAGAUGUGGACAUAAGCCUUCCCAAAGCAGACCUUGAUGUUUCUGUUCCAAAAGUCGAUAUCGAAGCACCAUGUUUGGACAUUGAAGGCCCAGAAGGAAAAGUGAAAGGGCCAAAGUUUAAGAUGCCCGAUAUGCAUUUUAAAACCCCGAAGAUCUCCAUGCCAGAUUUUGACUUGAAUCUGAAAGGCCCCAAAGUGAAAGGAGAUGUGGAUGUGUCCGUGCCGAAGUUGGAAGGCGAUCUGAAAGGCCCUGACGUUGAUAUCAGGGGACCGAAGCUGGAUGUAGAAAUGCCCGAUGUUGACAUAGAAGGCCCAGAAGGAAAAUGGAAAGGUCCUAAAUUUAAGAUGCCAGAAAUGAACAUUAAAGCACCUAAAAUCUCCAUGCCUGAUGUGGAUUUCAACCUGAAAGGCCCCAAACUCAAAGGCGAUCUAGAUGUUUCAGCACCCAAACUGGAAGGCGAUUUGAAGGGACCAGACAUUGACAUCAAAGGUCCUAAGUUGGAUAUUGAUGCCCCAGAUGUGGACCUCCAUGGGCCUGAAGGAAAACUGAAGAUGCCUAAAUUCAAAAUGCCCAAAUUUGGAAUGCCUAGUUUCAAAACCGAAGGCCCAGACGUGGACGUAAGCCUUCCCAAAGCAGACCUUGAUGUUUCUGUUCCAAAAGUUGACAUUGAUGCACCAAGAUUGGACAUUGAAGGCCCAGAAGGAAAAGUGAAAGGGCCGAAGUUUAAGAUGCCCGAUAUGCAUUUUAAAACCCCCAAAAUCUCCAUGCCGGACAUUGACUUGAAUCUCAGAGGCCCUAAAGUGAAAGGAGAUGUUGAUAUUUCUGUGCCAACAUUGGAAGGUGACCUGAAAGGCCCAGAUGUUGAUAUCAAGGGUCCUAAACUGGACAUCGAUGCUCCCGAUUUUGAGAUUGAAGGCCCUGAAGGAAAGUGGAAAAGUCCUAAAUUUAAGAUGCCAGACAUGCACUUUAAGACACCAAAAAUCUCUAUGCCAGAUAUGAACCUGAACCUGAAAGGCCCUAAAGUUAAAGGUGAUAUGGACGUUUCUGUCCCGAAGAUAGAAGGAGAUUUAAAAGGUCCUGAAAUUGACAUCAAAGGGCCUCAGAUUGAUGCUCCUGACAUUGAUAUUGAGGGACCAGAUGGAAAACUGAAAGGCCCUAAAUUUAAAAUGCCUGAAAUGAACAUCAAAGCUCCCAAAAUCUCCAUGCCUGAUAUAGACUUCAACCUGAAAGGCCCCAAAAUGAAGGGGAACAUGGACUUGGAUGUUUCACUCCCGAAAAUGGAAGGUGAUUUGAAGGGACCGAGUGUUGAUAUAAAGGGGCCCAAACUGGAUGUUGAUGUACCUGAUGUUGAGUUGGAAUGUCCUGAAGGAAAACUGAAAGGUCCAAAAUUUAAGAUGCCCGAUAUGCAUUUUAAAACCCCCAAAAUCUCCAUGCCAGAUUUUGACCUGAAUUUGAAAGGCCCCAAAAUGAAAGGAGACGUGGACGUGUCAGUACCACAAGUUGAAGGUCGUUUGGAAGGACCUGAUGUUAAUAUUAAAGGUCCAAAACUGGACAUUGACACUCCUGAUUUGGACCUCAAGGGUCCAGAAGGGAAACUGAAAGGCCCCAAGUUUAAGAUGCCUGAAAUGCACAUUAAGACUCCCCACAUCUCCAUGCCUGACGUAGAUCUCAGUCUGAAAGGACCUCAGAUGAAAGGGGACCUGAGUGUUUCUGGUCCAAAGCUGGAGGGAGACUUGAAAGGUCCAGAUGUUGACAUUAAAGGGCCUAAACUGGACAUUGAUAUGCCUGAUGUUGAUAUCCAUGGCCCAGAUGGAAAGAUAAAGUUCCCCAAGAUGAAGCUCCCGAAAUUUGGCAUGCCAGGGUUCAAAGGAGAAGGACCUGACGUGGACGUGAAUCUGCCUAAAGGAGAAUUUGAAGUAUCAGGUCCCAAAGUCAACCUUGAAGGUCCCAGCUUGGGCAUCGAAGGACCAGAAGGACAGCUCAAAGGCCCCAAGCUCAAGAUGCCUGAAAUGCAUUUCAAGACACCAAAAAUCUCCAUGCCAGAGAUCGACUUAAAUCUGAAAGGCCCCAAGGUGAAAGGAGAUGUGGAUGUUCCCAAGAUUGAAGGUGGUGUAAAAGGUCCAGGGAUUGGUAUUAAAGGUCCGGGAAUUGAAGCAAAAGGUCCUGAAAUUGAUCUAGAGUGUCCAGAUGUAAAUAUUGAAGGGCCAGAAGGAAACGUUAAACUCCCCAAAUUUAAGAUGCCAAAAUUCGGGUUUGGAGCAAAAAGCCCAAAAGCAGAUAUAAAAUCUCCCACUGUGGACAUCUCUCUUCCAGAAGGUGAACUGAAUGUUGAGUCACCUGACAUCCAUGUAUCCGGCAAAGGGAAGAAAAGCAAAUUCAAGAUGCCCAAAAUACAUAUGAGUGGGCCUAAGGUUAAAGGCAAGAAGGCCGGCCUGGAUGUGAGUGGGGAGAUGAGUGCAGGUGUGAAGGCACCCGAUUUAGAAGGAAGUCUCUCUUCCCCAGAUGCUUCACUGAAGGGGGACAUUAACAUCAAGUCGCCCAAGGAAAAGAAACCUAUGUUUGGGACAAUCGAAUUUAAGAUAAAAUCACCUGUGUUUAAGGCUGAUGCUUCUUUGCCAAAAGUGGAAGGAGAAAUCAGGGCACCAGGAAUAGAUCCAUCUGUAACAUCACCAGGUUUCGACAUUACUGUUCCAAGCACAAGUCUCCCCGAUGUUAAUGUUGGAGGUCCUGAGAUCAGUCUUAAGAAACCAAAGUUCAAAGUCUCCGGUGGGAACGUGGAUCUGGCUGGCCCCAAAUUGGAAGGAGACAUCAAAGUGCCAAGUAUUGAUGCAAAUGUUAGUGCUCCUGACAUCAGCCUGAAAGGUCCUUCAGUGAACCUACCUUCGGUGGACAUUUCAGCUCCCACUGUCUCAGCUCCUGCUCUGGACAUUAAUUUGAAAGGACCAAAGGUAAAAGGUGAUUUUGAACUUCCCAAAGGAGAAUUGCAAGGCCCAGAAGCGAAACUGAAGCUCCCCAAGUUUGGCUUGCCAAAGAUCGGAAAACCAGGAGUGAAAUUAGAAGGGCCGGAGGUGGAUCUUCAAGGACAACUGCCCUCAGCAAGCAUUGAUGUUUCAGCCCCAAGUAUCAAAGGAGAUAUGAAUGUUCCUGCAGUUGAUGUAAACUUGAAAGGACCAAAAUUUGGAGGAGAUCUGGGUCUUUCCGGUGAUAUUAAAGGCCCAACGAUCGGAAUUGGGAUGCCAGAUGCUGUCGGUGGUUUUGAAGGGAAGCUUAAAAUGCCAAAGUUCCAAGGUCUAGAUGUCAGCUUGAAUGCUCCAGACCUAGAUGUGAAAGGACCGUCAGUGAAAAUGACCUCUGGAGGAGGCGUUUCUGCACCUGAUUUUGAUGUGAAUUUGAAAGGACCAAAGAUCAAAGGCGAUCUUGGCAUUUCUGGUGACAUUAAGUCUCCUAAGGUGGCUGUUGAGGCACCCAGUGUUAACUUGGAAGGUUCUGGAGGCGAAAUUAAACUUCCUUCCCUCAAGCUUCCCCAGUUUGGCAUCUCCAGCUCUCAUGGCGAAGGUUCUAACAUGGAUGUGAAUAUUGCAGGACCACAAAUCAAAGGACCUGAUUUCAAAGGGCCUACCAUUUCUGCUCCAGCAUUUUCCACCCCAGACAUGGACUUGAACCUGAAAGGACCAAGCUUCAAAGGCGACGUUAAUAUUGCUGGUGACAUGAAAGGUCCAAAAAUUGAAGUACCGGGUGUAAAAAUAUCUGGCAUGGACUUUGAUGCUGGUGCUCCUGAUGUCAGUUUGAGAGGACCUUCACUCAACGUGUCAGCUCCCAAAGUUUCUGGACCAGACUUUGACAUAAAUUUGAAAGGGCCUAAAGUCAAAGGAGAUCUUGAUAUGCAGGGGGCAGGAGGCUUUCAGUUUUCUGGACCAAAAGUAGGUGGUAAUCUGAAAGGUCCUCAGGUAGAAAUCAAGGGUCCUUCUGUUGGGGUGGAUGUUCCACAAGGCCAUUUGGAAAGCCCGUCUGGAAAAGUGUCGUUCCCUAAGAUGAAAAUACCAAAAUUUGUGGUAAUGGGGCAGGAGUUAACAGGAAGGGAGGUUGGAGUUGAUGUUGAUUUCCCUCAGGCUCCACAAGCUAGUCUCCCUGCUGGGGCAGUGAAUGUUGAACUAGAAGAGCCUGACAUUAAGCUUAAGAAAUCUAAAAUUAAAAUGCCAAAGUUCGCUUUCUCUAAAUCUAAGGUCAAAGGCAGUGUUGGGUCCCCAGAGGUCUCGGCAUCUGUUUCAGGGGGUGAGGGAGAGUUAAAGGCUAGUUUGGGUUCCUUGGAGGGUGACUUGGAAGCAGGUGAAGCAACUGCCUCUCCAAAAGGGAAGUUCUCGUUUUUUAAGACCAAAAAGUCACGUCACCGGUCAUCAUCCUUCAGCGACGAGCAUUCCUCACAUUCAACGCCAACCGGCACACUGGAGCAUGAGGGCAAGCAUGCCAAGCUGAAAUUUGGUACCUUUGGGGGGAUAGGGUCAAAAUCUAAAGGUUCCUAUGAGGUAACGGGAAGUGAUGAUGAGGGAAAGAUGCAGGGUAGUGGGGCCUCACUAGCAUCCAAGAAGUCUCGGCUAUCUUCCUCCUCGAGUAACGACAGUGGGACGAAAGCAGGGUUUCGAAUGCCAUCAGUGGAGUUGACUGUGGCAAAGAAGAAAGAAUAAAAUGAGGGGGAUCUCAUGUACAUAUUGUCUGUGUAUAUAUAUCUCUUUACUUUCUGUGUGUGUAUAUAAAUUUUACUAGCUUGAAAUACUCAGCAAUAAAAUAGGUGAUGCCCAGUGAAAUGGUAGGCCUUAACUGAGAUACGACUACUGUUUUACUGCGAUCAGGGAGGUGUCCACCAAUAUGUUUCCAUCUUCCAUAGAUAUAGAUAGAUAUCUGACAGAAACUGGCACAGCUGCUCUUUUGGUUAAGUCCUUAGCGGGGUUGUGGCAGUUGAAAGCCACAUCCAUUUCUGAGAAUGCACUACUCCACUUUCCCACAAUGCACUGCGGCCACAAGUGCUGAAAAUUGUGCCAAAUCAGUUAGCAGAAAGACAAGGACUGCUUGGUGAAUCAGCCAUUUCCAUUGAAUUAAUCUGUAUAAUUUGUGCCAAGGCUAAUUCUGAAUGACUUACCCAUUAGAGAGGAAGGGCCAGGAUCUUUUAUGAUAUGUAAAGUUGUGCCAUGAGGGAGAUGGAUGUACAGUUCCUCAGAUGUAUUUUGGAAGUUUUCUCUUGUGUUCAGGAUUAGGGUUUUGCGCUUCGUAUGCUGAGAGCUUUACGUUUACUUUAGCAAGCUUUAAAACAAAUAUAUAUAUAUAUAAUUUUCAUUUUGGUGAACAUCUUCAGUGUUGGUCUACUACGGAAAUAGUUCAAUUUAAUGAUCUUUUGGGGCUUUUAUUUGCAGGGGGUUGGAAUUUCUAUCAUUAAAAUGGAUAUAUUGAAAGAAAAACACUGUAAAAGUAUAUAGAAGCAACUGAGAUGUGUCAAAUUUCAACCUCACAAGAUUUGUGUUGUCUCAAAAGGUUUUUAUUAGCUGGGAAAGGGCAGAAAAGUACAUCUGCAAAGACACCCAUGGUUUAAUUUAAUUUAAGUUUUGUUGGGUUAAAGAAUACUUUGCUACAAUAAAUUAACUGAAAACUAACUUUUGUACAUUCUGACGUCCUCUUAGUUGUCUCCAUAUAUUUGACAUUCGUUGUAUUAUAAGACAGGACUUUCUCUUAGUUGUGGUGCGAAGAUUCUAUCUGCUACUCUAGUCCCUUUCACCCUUAAAGGUAUUUGUUAUCUUUUCGUUAACAAAUGUAUCUUGAUUUAAAACACAAGCCAGACAAAAUAAGAAAAGGAAAACUCUUUCUCAGCACUUUAAGGCAAAUUAAUUGAGAAUGUAAGGAAACUGAUCUUGUAAAAUGCAAAUAAACUGUUUAUUAACCUUU